UUAAUCUUUCUUAUUCCAUCCGAUCAGGUUAAGUCCGAGACGAUUUCCACUCGAUCACACCCCUCAUCCGAUCAGCAAGUAUAUAUUGUGCAUGAAAAUAUGAAGUCCAUUGCUAAAGGGUAUUCUGUGAUCGGUGGUGGGAGAGCGUCGAAAAAGCAGAUCAUGUAUGCCGAAAAAGAAGAUAAUGAACUCUCAUGGUCUGCACGCGAGGUUCUUUCAAACAAUGAUCUUUUGAUGGAAGUGUUACUAAGAUUACCAUUUAUCUCACUUCAUUUGUUUAAAUCUGUAUCUAAAGGAUGGUUAUCAAUCAUCACAGACCCUCAUUUUAGUAUACGCCGAAGCCAAAUCGUUAACAUUGACCCCCCUACUGGUCUCCUAAUCCAGAAACCUCACUGGUUUUUUCGGUAUGAGUUUGUGCCAUUGGAUACCAGAAUUCCUGCCAGAAAAUCACCAUUACCCUUCAUCUUCCCUUUUGGCUCCAAUGUUGAGAUCCUGCAGUCCUGCAACGGUCUGUUACUUUGUUGUGACAAGACUAAGGGUAAUACGUUUUACGUGUACAAUCCAUCUUUUAAUCGGUUUAGGAGGCUUCCACGGGUCCAUUUUUCUGGUUCGGUUGGUCUAUUUGAUAGUAUGAAACUGGCUUUCGAUCCUGUGAAAUCAUUUCACUACAAACUUGUGUAUGCUGAAGACAUACAUACUCCUAUUGGUCCAUCCUACUUUCAAAUACAGACUUACUCUUCACAAACAGGCGUUUGGACGGUUUCUAAGGAACAGUUUUCCCUGCAAAGUUUUUUAGGCUUUUAUCGUGGAAUAUAUUGGAAUGGCGCUAUUCAUUGGUUAGAUACUACGAAAGGGGGUUUGCAUUUCAAGUUAGAUAUACAACAUUUGUUAUUAACAACAUUACAAACUCCUGUCACUAUGGGUAUGGAGGUGCAUUAUGAUCACAAGUUAUUUGUGUCUUCUGGUUAUUUGAUUCUUAUUUGUAUGGUCUCUGGUCAACGUCGGAAGUUGAAUGUUUAUGAUAUGAGGAAGGGGAAUUCUCGGUGGUUAAUAAAGUACGUUGUUAAUCUUGAUGAUGUCAUGACGCUGGUCUGUGCAACCUGGCGGAUGUUUGGUAAUAAACAAGGUUGUUUUAGUGUUCGGUGUAUUGUGCUGGGAGAUAAAGAUGAGGAUUCACUUAUCGUGAUGGACGUUUUUGGAAUUGUUAUUGAAUACAAAAUCAAGUUGAAGACUGUCCGUAAGAUUGAUUAUUUGGGAUCUAUCGGCUCGUCUGCUAAGGAACUUGGUAACUUUGACAGCUUUGAGUUCAUUGCAUCUUUUGCAGGUGUGUGAUUUGACUUUAUGUUUGAGGCACUUCUGAUGUUUUGGAUUAUAUGGUCGCUAGGUGAAUCGCAAUGCCCAAGUGAUUCUCCGAGUGGCAUUAAGCUUACUGAUUAGCAUGUGGAAAGGUAUGAAAGUAUGUUAGUUAUGGUAUCUCAUUAGUGAUGAUUAUGAUAAUGAUGUAAAUCGACUUGU